AGUCCACCCCUGGGGCGCGCGGCUGUCAUCCAGGGCGGGGCGGCGCGGGCGUUGCCACGACGCAGGCCGCGCGCGUCCCUGGCAGCCAACCCGUCCACGUCAAGGUUUGUUUAAUAAUCGCCAGAGUAUUUAUGGCCGGGCUCAGGCGGCUGCUGGGGAGCCAGGAGACCUCGCGGGGCGGCAGAUGAGGCGCGGCGGCUGCGGCCCAGGGCACCUACCCCCCGGCUUCCCGAACCCGGCCAGGUCCGACCCGAGGGGGAGGAUGGAAACACCUGCUGCCCUCUGAGCCGCCCAGAAGAGAACACCCUUCCCGCCAUAUCACCCCACGGUCCUGCGGACGCCACCGCCAGGUCCCCCCAAGUCUCCAUCACGCAGCGCAGGGCCGAACGGAAUAGUGAGCGAUGGCGGAAAACCUGAAAAGACUGGUCUCAAACGAAGCUUUACGAACGUUGCAGGAAAAGCUAGACUGCUGGCUGAAGGAGUACAACACAAACACGUGUGAUCAAAAUCUAAACCAUUGCCUUGAACUCAUUGAGCAAGUUGCCAAGGUACAGGGACAACUCUUUGGGAUCCUCACAACAGCAGCCCAAGAAGGAGGACGUAAUGAUGGUGUGGAAACAAUCAAGUCACGCCUUUUGCCGUGGCUGGAGGCUUCGUUUACUGCUGCUUCCCUGGGAAAAUCUGUUGACAGCAAGGUCCCCUCUCUGCAGGACACGUUUGAUAGGGAGAGACGUAAAGAUCCCAGUCCUCGGGAUCGGGAUGUGCAACAGUUAGACCCUAAUUUGAACUCAACCAGGAGUCAACUCAACCAGGUUCAAGACGAUCUGGCUGAAACUGAAAAGAAUCUUGAAGAAACCGAGAACAGAUCGGCCAUAUCCCUUUUGGCUGCAGAGGAGGAAAUAAAUCAGCUAAAAAAGCAGCUUAAAUCACUUCAAGCUCAGGAGGAUGCCCGCCACAGAAACACAGAUCAGAGGAGCUCAGAGAACAGGCAGUCAGAGCCUCAGAGCUCAGAGGAGCGGAAGUUUGAGCAGUGGAACUCACUCAAUCGGAAUGCCGACCAGUGGGACACAGAAGCCAUGUCCGAUUAUAAGAAACAGCUCCGAAAUCUGAAGGAGGAGAUAGCUGUUUUGUCUGCUGAGAAAUGUGCACUCCAAGGAAGGUCCUCCAGGAGCCGGUCUCCCAGCCCUGCCCCUCGCAGCCGUAGCUGCAGCCGCAGCAGAUCCGCCAGCCCCUCCACCGCUGUCAAGGUCAGGAGCCCGUCCCCAAACCGCUCCAAGCUGUCCAAUGUGGCGCGCAAGGCUGCCCUCUUGUCCCGGUUCAGCGAUUCCUAUUCCCAGGCCCGCCUGGACGCGCAGUGCCUGCUGCGGCGCUGCAUCGAAAAGGCUGAGACCGUUCAGCGGAUCAUCUACAUCGCCACAGUGGAGGCAUUCCAUGUAGCAAAAAUGGCAUUCAGACACUUCAAGAUCCGUGUGAGAAAAUCGUUGACACCAUCUUACGUGGGGUCGAACGACUUUGAGAAUGCUGUCUCGGAUUAUGUCAUUUGUCAUCUUGAUCUAUAUGAUUCUCAAAGCAGUGUCAAUGAUGUGAUCCGAGCCAUGAAUGUCAAUCCCAAGAUUUCAUUCCCUCCUGUCGUUGACUUUUGCCUUCUCAGUGACUUCAUCCAGGAGAUAUGUUGCAUUGCCUUUGCAAUGCAGGCCUUAGAACCACCCCUAGAUAUUGCAUAUGGGGCAGAUGGAGAAGUUUUUAAUGAUUGCAAAUACCGCCGCAGCUACGACUCGGAUUUCACUGCUCCCUUAGUCCUCUAUCACGUGUGGCCUGCUCUCAUGGAGAAUGACUGUGUCAUUAUGAAGGGAGAAGCUGUCACCAGGAGAGGGGCUUUUUGGAAUUCCGUGCGAUCUCUAAGUCGAUGUCGAAGCAGGAGUUUAAGUCCCAUUUGCCCCCGUAGCCAAAUUGGUUUAAACAUGAUGUCUCGAAGUCGGAGUCCUUCUCCAAUAAGAUGUGGAUUGCCAAGAUUUUAAAACCACCAGACCUGCUCCUUUGCCCCAGUGCAUGGAAACAGCUGCCUUCUCCAGUGCCUCCAUCUGCCUUCUGUGUCUGCCUCAGACCUCACUUAAGAUAAUGUCAAAAGGCAAUUCUGUGUAUCACCCCACACAGAGAGUUAAAUGUUUUGGCUUGGCGCAUUUGUAACUUUA